CUCCACACUCACUCUGAAUACUCAUUUUCUUUUAUAGGAAAAAAUACCAAAAGGAAAACAGAGCAUAUCCAUGGAUUCAGAAACCUUAGAGGGUAUGGAGAAAGCAAACCACAACCAACAACAGAAGAAAACCAUACCCAUCAAACGAUGGCUCCUUAUCCUAAACUGCAUCCUAACGACCAUCGGACAGGUGGGUGGCCCAUUGCUCCUACGGCUCUACUUCCUUCAUGGUGGCAAACGAAAAUGGUUUACCAGCUGGAUCCAAACCAUAGCCUUCCCCAUCAUACUAUUCCCUAUUUCAAUCUCCUACAUCUGGUCCAAAGCUGACGGAAAGGCCUCAUCUAAGUUCCUAGUGGGGCGUAAGCUGCUCGCUGCCAGUGCCGUCAUGGGUUUCUUCUUCGCACUUGAUAGCUAUCUCUACGCCUUCGGCCUAUCUUAUCUCCCAGUCUCCACAUCUGCACUUCUCCUUUCCACCCAAAUGGCAUUCACCGCCUUGUUCGCUUUCCUUAUCGUUAAACAGAAGUUCACGUUCUACUCGAUCAAUGCCGUCAUCUUGAUGAGCCUCGGAGCAGUUGUUCUUGGGGUCCAUGCGAGCAGUGACCGACCUCCUGGAGUAUCCAAUGGCCGAUAUUACAUGGGUUUCUUCAUGACGCUAGCCGCAGCUGCUCUUUUCGGUCUUGAAUUACCAUUGAUCGAGACCAUUUACUCCAAGGCGUGCAAGGCCAUCACAUUCCCUCUUGUCAUGCAAGUUCAAUUCCUAGUGGGCCUGUUCGCCACUAUAUUCUGCACCAUAGCCAUGAUCAUAAACAAGGAUUUCCAGGCUAUUUCGAGAGAGGCACAAGAGUAUGGGCUGGGAGAGUCCAAGUACUACAUGAUACUGGUUUGGACGGCCAUAGCCAUGCAGCUCUUGGUCAUAGGGAAUAUGGGUGUGAUUUUUUGUUCGACGUCUCUCUUCAGCGGCAUUUUCAUGUCACUUCUGGUCCCAGUUCAAGAGAUUUUUGCAGUCAUCUUCUUUCACGAGAAGUUCACUGCGGAAAAGGGCUUGGCUCUGGCAAUGUGCCUUUGGGGAUUUGCCUCUUACUUCUAUGGGGAACACAGGAAGAGCAAAGAGGAGAAAGCGGCCACGAUCGAAACGGGUCUAAAAGAGAAAGUGGACAUGAUCGAAACGGGUCCAAAUGUAGCUUGAUAGGCCUACAUUAACAUUCGCUUGGAACGAUUGAAUUAUAGUGUGAUUUUUGUUUCUUUACUUGAGAGAGUUUGUAAAGAUGGAAUCACAGGACACAGACCAA